AGGUCUUAACGGGAAAUUGUUAGCAGAUAUUUAAUAGCAGAUCCUUCCAAAAAUGGGAUCAAACAUCUUCCGUCAUUAAAACGCAACGAAGUCGAUUUUUACAAAGAAAAAAAAAGUGGGGGGAAGAAAGUGGGGAGCAAAUAGUUGGGGUUUGUGGGUGUGUGCGCGCUUUUUUGCAUUUUCCCCAGAAAUUGCUCAACAAGUGCUUUACUUUCGGCUUUCGUGCGCUCAUUUCGGGACUCGGACGCUUGAGUUUGUUGGGAGAGACUUUCAGCAGGACUUUAAACUGAAUUGUCUGCUGCCGAUCAGCCAUUGUGACCGUCAGAAAGGGGCGAGGACUUCUUCAUUUGCCCACUGGCUUCUGCGUUAGCUCUGUGCGAAGAAACAGCCGUAUGAGCAAACGCUUGGAUGCUCCAUGAGGCAGCCGAAACACAUCAAAAUCAAACUGCGACCAAGAAUGGAGUAAAACCACUUUUAUUUCCUUAAAACGCCUGGAUUUGUGCCAUACUUUGCAGUUUUCUUAAGUUAAAGUUUCUCAUUUAAAAAAAUAAUGGCCAGAUAGAUCACUUUUCGCCGAAGUUAAAUGUAAAAGGUGGUGAAGAGAACAAACCCUGCAGCUUUUUUCCCGUGCGUGAUCUGCUUGUCGAAAGAAGCUGCUUGGUUUGAUAUUUGUCACCUUCGUCCUCAUCACUCCACAAGUCUUUGCGGCCACGGGAGCAGAUCAGAGAGAAAAAUGACAUCCCAGCAAUCCUGGACUCAGAUCAUCAUCACAUCCGCGUCUUUAUUCUCCCUGAUCUUGUGCAGCACAGUGCCAGAUGGCCCAGAGGAAGAAGGCUUCAGUGCCGAGGCAUGGCUUCGUAAAUUUGGCUACCUGUCUCAGGCCAGCAGGCAGAUGUCCACCAUGCAGUCAGCUCAGAUUAUGUCCAAAGCUAUCAGUGACAUGCAGCGCUUCUAUGGACUGGAGGUGACUGGGGAGAUGGACCCUGCAACACUCUCGGCCAUGCGACGGCCUCGUUGUGGCCUCCCUGACAGACCAGAGGAGCUGGUUGACAGAUCACGAAAGAAGCGCUAUGUUCUCACUGGGCAGCGGUGGGACAAGGACCACAUCACCUACAGUAUAAUGAACCAAAACAUCCCUCCCUCUCUGGGAGAGGAGCGGACGUUCGAUGCGAUCCGCAAAGCCUUCGAUGUGUGGAGACAGGUCACGCCGCUCACCUUCGAGGAGCUACCACCUGAAAACAGCAUCAACGGGAGCCAGGCGAAGCUCGCUGACAUCCUGCUGUUGUUUGCCUCUGGUUUCCAUGGUGAUAUGUCACUGUUUGAUGGAGAGGGUGGGUCUCUGGCCCAUGCCUACUAUCCUGGACCAGGAAUAGGUGGGGAUACACACUUUGAUGCAGAUGAGCCUUGGACACUGGACAACCAUAACCCAGAAGGUAUAGAUCUCUUCCUGGUUGCGGUCCAUGAGUUCGGUCAUGCUCUGGGUCUGGAGCAUUCAGAUAACCCCAGUGCUACAAUGGCUCCUUUCUACCAGUGGGUUCACACACAAAACUUCACACUCCACGAGGAUGACAUCAGAGGCAUACAGUACAUAUAUGGUCCUCCCCUCAUCACCGAAGCUUCCCCCACUUCUCCGCUUGCUUCUGGCAAUGACCCCACUGUUGACUCCCCCACCUCCCCUUCGCGCCCAGAAGAUGAGCCCACCUCUUAUUCUCCAGCUGAUCCCCCACAAAACCCAACUGACACUGACCUGGAUCCUCCCACCCAACCACACACAAGCCCCAGCCCUACCUCCCCUUCCAUCCUCCCCACCUUCACCUCCACCACCACCACCACCACCACCACCACCGAAACCCAGCCUGAGCCGGAACCUGUCACUCCACAAAAAGAUAUCCCUCGUCCUCCUCCUCCACCUCCUCCAAGGUCGCCUGCUCCUCCUCGGCCUCCCAAGCUGCCAGACAACCAGCCCCCCAACAUCUGUGAUGGAGACUUUGAUACAGUGACCCUGCUGAGGGGGGAGAUGUUUGUCUUCAAGGGUAGCUGGUUCUGGCGGGUGCGAAGGAACCGCGUCCUUGAUAACUACCCCAUGCCGAUAUCUGUAUUCUGGAACGGCCUCCCCACUGACAUUGACGCAGCCUACGAACGUCACGAUGGGAAAUUUGUCUUUUUUAAAGGUGAUCGAUACUGGGUGUUCAGGGAGGCUGACGUGAUGCCAGGGUACCCACAGCCCAUAUAUCACUAUGGGAAAGGAGUUCCUCCACAUGGGAUCGACACAGCUAUCUGGUGGGAGCCCAAUGAAUACACAUACUUCUUCUCAGGAGACAGGUACUGGAGAUACAACGAAGAGACCCGAACCACAGACCGCGACUUCCCCAAACCAAUCAGCAGAUGGGGCAGGAUCCCGCCCUCCCCCAAAGGCGCCUUCCUCAGUGAUGAUGGGGCUUACACCUAUUUCUACAAAGGCACCAAUUACUGGAGAUUUGACAAUCGCAGGUCAGAAGCAGACAAAGGCUAUCCCCGCUCCAUCCUGAAGGAUUUCAUGGGCUGUGUGGGGAUCCCUGACCCAAAGCCUGACACAGACACCGAGCAGGAGCCGGAAGACAAACCGGUCAACCCUUCAGACCGAGGCAAAGAUGACAAAGAACCAGACAGAGGCCAGGACAAAGACACAAACUCGGAGCAAGAAGAAACCACUAAGCCUGACAGCACAGAGGAAGAGGAGGACAAAGAUGUGAAUGUGGUCGUGACAGUGGCUGACAAUGAAUCAAAGGUCAUGACCCUGAUUAUGGUGGCUGUUCCCCUGGUGCUCAUCUUGUGUAUCCUCAUCCUAAUCUAUGCCAUCCUCAGGACUCUGCAGAACAAAGAGACACCGAGAGCUUUGGUGCACUGCAAGCGUUCGCUGCAGGAUUGGGUCUGACACCCACAAUUAGAAGAGAUAGAUCGGGUAUCCGUCGUUUGUCUGGUGCAGUCACUGCCAUCCAGUUUUUACUUUUGGCAUUAGAGGAAAAGAAGCUUUGAAAGUUCAAGAAAGCUGAUGAGUUACCACAAUGUUUUGGGCCCCAUUUGUCAUUGUGAGAACUUUUAUUGCUCAUAUGGCAUGAUUAAAAAGUAGUGAAUUCAGCGCCUGUGGAGCUACAGUUUCCCACAUUCUGACCUUGACUUUAGCUCUGCCAGACGUUUUUCUACUGUGCCUCUCUCUGUGCCUUCCAAAUGUCUGAAAAAGUACCUCCAAUUCAAAAAAAAAACCAACUUUCUUCACUUCAUAUAAAAAAAUGACAUUUCACCCACCUUAGGUGUACUAUAAAAGACUCAUAACUCACUAGGAAUGUGUGAUUACAUUAAUUCUAACCGGUUAGAGGAGGGACAUCUGGGGGGGUUUAUUUGUAGUCUAAAUGCAGACAAAGUCUUUAGAGCACAUAUAUUACACAUACACAGAAGCACACAUAUGCAAAAAAAAAAAAAGUUUGCUUGCAUUAAUAUGAACAAUCUUCUAUCAUUUUGAAUAAGUUGCUUCAACCAUUUUUCGUCUGUUUAGAACAGAUAAUUUGCACUUUUGAUUCUGUUUAAGCUGCCUUUGUUUUGCUGAGUUUGCUUUUCUGCAAUCGUGUUUGUGUGUUCGUGCAAAGCAGAGAUUCGCAGCACACACACAGGCCAAGCUCGUCCUCCUACCAGCACAGGAAUGUUAGACAGCUGCGUGUGUCCAUGACUGCCUGCUUCCCACUGAGCCCAUUAUGUCUGCCCUUUCCUGCACACAUGACACACAUUGCCUCAAGAAAAUCUUGUAUCUGCACUGAUUAGUGCAUACAUGUUCACAUAUGUAGCUCGCUUACUCACCCAUACAAAGGCCUAUAGUUUUUUUUUGUGCACAGACACUUAGGCUCCAGCCUCCCCUCCUCUUGCCACAACCCUGUGCAGACUGCACCACUAAAAAACACGAUCCCAGCGGAGACAUAUUGAUAUAUGACCGGUGCCAGUGUUGGGAUUUAUUCACUUUUUAUGAGAAGCAUCAGGAAUUAUUGUGGUAUUUUAUAAAAAUCUGCAGUCUCAGCCUGUGAAGAGUAAAAAGCAACUGUGUUCUCUUUUUUAUCUCUGUCAUUUUUUUCAUGCUAAAGAUAGAACUAAAGCUAAUUAUGUCUGCAAGGGAGAGGCCUGCAGGCUAGAGAAGAAUGGAUGAGGGGUCUGGUUUCUAUUAAGUCCACAUGUUGCUGAUUUAGUACUGUCAGGCAUGAGAAGAGGGGGGGGGAAUGCAAAAAGGGGGAGUUAUAAAAAUGAUGGUGAGUAAAGGGUAAAAGGGAAAUGAGAGGGAAUGAAAUGAGGAGAGAAAGAAAGAAACUGAAGGAGGUAGAGACUAAGGAGGGGAGAGGGAGGGCUCUGUCAGCAUUUCCUUUCCAGGUUUCUGUGAAAAAGGAGGCGCGGGGGAAGGAAGGAAAGAGAAAGGGAGGUUAGAAGGAUUUAGAGGAGGGGCAAUGCUGGCAUUGUGCCUCCUGACCUACAUUAGGCCACUUGAAUCUGCUUCUCUUUUUCAACUCUUAUUUUUGCCCUGCUCUGUUAUGGGCUAGAGAUGAUUUUGACUGCUUUUUCCUCUCCACACCUUUGUUCAUUCUUUAUCUUUUUGUCUCGCUCUCUUGUUUUUUCAUUGCCGUAACUUGCCAUUCCCCAGUGUAUUCAUUUUCUUCUCCACUCAUCUGGAAAGUCAGCUCAAGCAUUUAAAAGAGAAUUCAUUUGCAGAUGCAUCUGCAGGAUGUGAUGUGAUCUUGUCUUAUUGUUGUUACCUGGCUCAUCUAUCAGCAUUUUAGAGUUGUUAACCUUUGCUUUAUGUUUCAUUGUGCCUUUUUUUUCCUGUGAAUACUGUGGGGGAAUUUUUGUAAAAAAAAAAAAAUAUAUAAAUAGCAUGGGGAAAAUGUUUCUAAUUCAUUUCUUUUUUCUUACCUUAUUAUUUGUAGUUUUGCACAUUUUGUGUGCAUUCAGAUGUUUUGUUAGAGCAGCGGUAGAUUUUUUUUUUUUUUUUAUGAUGAUGAUGAUGAUGAUGAUGAUGUUGAUGCAUGCAGGGCAUGUUCAAUGAGGCCUGUGCACUCCUGUGUAGAGUACAUUAAAGAUUUCACAAUAAAACUUGGAUAAAAAGCAA